UUCCUUGCAUCCCUGCAUCCCUCCCUUCGUCUCUCCCUCCCGGCAGUGCAUCCCCAUCCCCCACACACUGUGACCGUCUCUUCGGGUGAAAGCUGUCUUCCCUGCGCCACUGGCCCGACAAAACGUUGUUGUAGCUGAGCCAGUCCGCACCGACCUGAGGCAGAGCAGACACACGGGAGAAAGCACGUACGCACAUAGGAGAAUCUUUUCUUGUUCGACAGAGUGACUUUGAUUUGCAUAUCCACUUCCACUCCUUCCUCAUUUGCAUACAGCAAGAAUGGCGAGCGGGCAUCCCACAGACAAAUUCAGUUUCAUGUAUCAACCAGACACGCACAAGAGUAAGAACAGGUUAGCUUCAGCUAUGAAUCCAGUCUACAGCCCCGUUCAGCCUGGCACCCCAUAUGGAAACCCUAAGAACAUGGCCUUUACAGGGUUUGUUUGUUUUCCAGAAGAACUGCUGGUCAAAGGCUAUCCAGGAGGGUAUCCUGCCGCAGCUCCCACCUAUACACCCAACCUUUAUCAAACAGGCAGUCCUGGGUAUCCACCAGGAUAUACUUCAGCAGGCACCCCAUACAAAGUUCCCCCCACUCAGUCAAAUGGCGCUCCCCCUCCCUACACCCCGACCCCCACCCCAUACCCAACAGCUAUGUACCCCAUCCGCAGUGCCUACCCUCAGCAGAACCUGUACGCACAGGGAGCAUACUAUACCCAGCCAGUGUAUGCGGCUCAGCCACAUGUGAUCCAUCACACCACCGUGGUGCAGCCUAACAGCAUCCCCUCCACAGCCCUCUACCCUGCCCCCGUCCCUGUACCUGCUCCGCGCAACAAUGGCAUGGCUGCCAUGGGGAUGGUAGCUGGGACAACCAUGGCCAUGAGCGCAGGGACCUUGCUGACAACGCCCCAGCACGCCCAGAUUGGAGGACACCCAGUUACUGUGCCAACCUACAGGCCCCAAGGGACACCUGGGUACAGCUACGUACCGCCUCACUGGUAGAGCCCACCCAUCAUAUCUGGAGUCCACCAUCGUAUGCAACUGCUCAAAUCUUACACGGGCUCCCACUGGUAACCAUGGGGACUCGGCACCUGUCUGCAAGAACAAAACUAAAGUGCAACAGCCACUUUACUAUUAUUGUUAUUAUGCGACAUUCUUUUACAUUUUUCCAAAAGCUGCUUUUAUUUUUUAUUUUGUUCAUUUGCCAAGCAGUCAUUACCUUAUUUUGUAUGGUUAUUUUAUUUCCUCACUUUCCUUUGCUGUAUCUGUCAUUGGAACUCCAGAAGGACUCUUGACCAAUCACGGCGUCAGUUGCUCCUGUUUCAUUGUUGUGCUGGUGUGUGUGGUCCUUCCUGCUGCUGCUCAGUUGGCUGGAAAAUAUUGGGCACUUACUCCUCAUUAUCAUCUCUAUCGGUCACUACGAAGACUUAUUGACUUAUGCUGCCAACUUUUCUAAUGACUAGAUAUCAGCACAGGGUUUUAACAUAAUUAGGAGAUUUGCUUUUCGGGUUAUUUAAUUUUCUUAACACUCUUUUACCACACGCAACUGAAUUACUUAAACUUUUCUGUGGACUUUUUCCCCCUUUUCCCUUUUUGUUCUUCCUUCCUCGUCAUCCUUUUUUUAUCCGCUUUGUUUCUGUAAUCUCACUCGUCUUCCAGCGCGUAACUGUCUGUCCAGCAGUAGUAAGUCCACCAUCCCUGUCGUUAACGUCUCCGUGUGAGUGCUAUGUCACUAUGGGCAGAGCACUUACAGACCCAUUACCCAUCUGCUGCGUGUUCCUCUGUGUACACGUUAGCAUAGUGGAUAGUACAGAACUAAGAAAACAUACUUCAUGCUAAAUACUAUGCAGGCUACUAUGUUGUGACACUGUCGACAUCUUAACCUUAGCAUAGGUCAGUACAUUUAGAAAAUGUAAGGAUAUUUAUAAUAACGGCGUCAACAGCAUUGGUGGCCGUGCACACUUUCUCUCUCUCUCACACACACACUCACUCUCUCACACACACACUCACUCUCUCACACACACACUCACUCUCACACACACACACACACACACACACACACACACACACACACACACACACACACACACACACAGGGGCUCCUGUAGUGUGUUGAAAAAUACAUGAUCACUUAGUGGCACUUACCUCCAGUUAUGUUGUUACUGAUCAACACACAAGCGCACACACACACACAACAUGUAUUUCUAGGUGUGUGCAUGGCAGGCAGCAGAGAAGGAGUUUAAAGGGAUUGUGUUGGCACUAGAAGUGGAGUGCAGGACAAGACGGGGAGAGCAGACGACAGGGAAGGAGAAAGAGAUCACAUAUUCACGGUCGGUCAUUUCAUUUCAAGGUACAAGACAUGCGAGUUUGUGGCUGCUCCCCUGCAGGAGAAUGCACAAGCACAUUGCUGAGCACAUGUGUUGUACAUUGACUUGUCACUGCGAUUAUAUCAUCUCCUUCUUCUUCCUUUGUCCAGGCGAGGAUUUAAAACCAAACACUCAACAGACAGAACACCCAGGCUCUUGAGUAAACAGUUAUUAAUGGACCAGUCUAACAACUGUGCCGAUUCAUGGAUAGGAUUUGAUACACUAGUCCAUUCCACAGUGCUGAGAGUGCUGAUAAGACCAAACCAGUGGCACGGAUGGCUGCGCACCACAUUUAGAAAUGAAUUGUGAACAAUCAGAAGGCUGUAAUGUGUACACACCUGGUCCAUGCCGUUAGGGCUUUGUUAUUCUCAGAAUUUGAGUCAAAAUUUUAACUUUAGUGGGUUUUCCCAUGUGAAUUGCAAGAGCAAAAUGAGAAGACUGUCAUUCAAAAAGUGCUGGUUCUAGUGUUCAUGGCUACAACACUUUAAGAUUAUUAGCAAGUGUGCAGAGCUGUGAUGAUGCAGUGUCAGUUUUAAAACUAGUCCAGUCCAGUUGGCGGUCCAGCUUGCCCUCGAGGAGCCGAUGGGAGGCUUUUUAGACUUUCAGUAGUUUUCAUGAGAAAAGAAUCAUCCAUUAGUUGACUGUGCUUUUUUCCGCAAGCGUUGGAGAUUUACACAUCGGCUUUUACUGACCUGCUUGUUAAACAAUUUUCUCCAUUUUUAAAAAUCCAGCGUAAACCUUGACUUUUAUGAAAAUUGUCAUUAAAUGAGGAUAAUAUUUGAGCCAAUGACACAUGGACCAUAUUAAGUCAUUUUCCGUUGCCUUUUUAUGCUUAUACUUGUAAAUGCAAAGGCAUUCACAUCCACAGUAGGAUGGCCCAUCUUAAUCAAACACUAUGAACACAGCGAGUAGUGGUGGUGGGAUUUAAUAUUAAGGUGAGGCCUGUGGUAUUUUUCAGGAUUUACAAAAGAAAGACUCAAAUCACUACUUCAUGAUCUGUAGAGUUACAGAUUGGUAUAACUAAAAGCAUUUACUGAGCAGGUAUGUAGAUGAAGUGGUUUGAUAUUGCAAUAAAAUAAGAGGGAAUGCCUCCAACUGUUAACACAGUAAUUAUUUUAUCAGCGUUUUGAAUUGAUUUUUUAAAAAAGAAUGCUUAUUGUUGUAAUCUCUAAAUAUGGAUUACAGGCUCUGUAUGCAGCCUCCAUUCAAUAAUUAUUACAGUUACCGCUAAGAAGAGUAGAACAUAUCAAGAAUUUGGGUAUUGAAUAACUUUGUGAGGAAAUAUUGCACAACAGAAGACAAAAAAAAUAAACUUAUUGACUAUAAUUUAAUGCUAAGUAACAGGUACCUAGGCUUUGUAGUGCAGGAGGGAGGAAGAAGCAAUUUAUAUUGUAAUUAAAAAUAAAACAAAUAAGGUCGAGUGUUUGAGGUAUUCUUAGUCCAGAUGUUUGUACACUAGUAGGUAAAUUCUCAAGAAAAUUACAUAAUGCCGCUGUCGGAUGAAAAACCGCCGACCUUUUUAGAAACGACCCUUGUAUUUUUGAAGAUCUCAAGUGGAUGUUAUCGGCGGGAGGGUCAUGAAAUGUUCCCACUGUAAGGAUCUUGUAAAUUUUGAUUCGAGCCAGUAAAACUGAAAAGAUGCAGAAACUGGGCUUUUCUUGCGACAGCAGCAAUGUUACUUGUCAUUAGGAUUUAUUUAACCAACCACUACUUCUGUCAGUAUUUCUCAAUUAAAUCUUGUGUUGUUUUUGUUUUGUUUAUUUUCUUCUUCUUUCCCUCUGGUGAAUUGAGCAUAAUGGGUAUGCAUAAUAUUCAGGUGUAUUUCAAUAUAGCAUUGGAUCUCUAACUUAAAAAAAAAAAAAAUGCAGUAUAUUUAUACAGCAAGUGGUACAGUAAUGUAUUUCUAGCUAAGCAUGGUUGCGUCAGUGUGGCAGCUACUGUUUGUGCUUUUAAUAAUUUGUUUUUUAAAACCUCUUCUGCAUCUCUGUCCUCUACAUAUCUGUCACUGAAGGGGGAGGAGAAGUUAAGGCAAGGUCUAGUAAAUAAACUUAGGAUGGGGGGGGUUGUCACCGAAUUCCCACAUUCUUGUAAUUGUCUCCUGAAUUUACAGACCUUGAGGAAGCAGAGGAUCAAUGAUGGAACUGAAAUGGAUAGCCUUUUUUUGGUUGACUGGAAAAAGGUUAACAUCUCUUUUGGAAGCCAUCUUCGCUGUCCAUUUCUGUUCUGAGGGGUGCAAUGAUAAGAACCCGCAGCCUCCACGCCCUUUGUUCUGUGCCAUAUUUCACCACCGUUUGUUCAAUAAAUAUUAGUUUUCUUCUAAGUAACUGGUGAAUUCUGAGUACUUGUUAUGUCAAGCUUCCUGUGAAUCUGUGUUUCCCUAUUGCUGUCCUAUUUCCCCACAUUGUUGUUAAUGCAUAUCGCCCGUCUCCUAUUUAUCCUUCUUACUUUGUCCUCCGUGUUUGUCCUAUUUUUAUUUUGUGCCACAACUCUCUUCAGAGGCCAUUUUGCAUCCUUCUAACUAUUCAAACAUUUAGUUUUAUUACAUUCAGGAAUGCAAAAUGAUGUCAGAUCAUAUGUUCUGCUCUGUCUCAUGUCCUCUUUGACCUUUAACUCUCUGCUCUCACAGUCUCAUGUUUUUUGGCCUUUAUGUGCUUUCAGUCUGACCUUUGCAAACAACACCACCCCGUCUAAGUAGCAGUCAUAUUGAACUAUAUGAUUGUCAUUACAUUGGUGUCACUAAUGGUGAUAAUCUGUUGUAAAUUUUUUUAGCAUUUGUGAGAUCUGUACUGAGCCUUUUAAGCACUAGAUGUCGCCAGCAACAAAGCCUGAAAGUGGCUUCAAGGCUUUGAGCCAAAAUGAUAAAUUAAUCAUUUUAUUUAUUGGUCAUUUACAUUAAAGAAUCACAAUUAGAUGUCACAUUAUGAGCACAGAGAUAUUUUUGGUGGCCUUUUCCAAAUGCCCCCCCCCCCCCCCGAAAUACAAUUUAAGCAAGACAAAAAUAUGGUUUCACUUUGUCUUAUAGGAGUUUGAUCAUUUUAACUUGAACAUUGAUACGAGAGUUGUAUUUUUCUGGGCUAAGGGCCAACGCUCUUUAAAACUCUAAUUCUGUUUUUAAUGUGGAGGGCUCAGUAGAGGCAGACCCACAGAGCAUUUCGGAUAGCUGAAGAUGAACGACUCCCACAGAGCAGGGUUUUUGUUUUGUUUUUUUCUUCAGGGUGGUGAAAAUGCUUCCUCAUAACUCCAUUCCUUGCCUCAUUGAUUUCAAUUUGCACUUAAGUGAAAUGUGUGUGAGCAAAGUUGUCUUAAUCAUGGGUCUUUUAUCAUUUUAUUUUCAUUCUGUUUCUUAAUGUUGAAAGGUGGUAACUUUAAUGAGGAUUAUGCAGGGUUUUUUGUUUUGUUUUCACUACAUUUUAAUCUUGCGUCUUUUCACUUUGACAGUGAAAAUGUGACCAGAAACAUUCACAACACCUCUCUUCUCCUUCCAUUUUCCCUCUACCCCCUCACUCUCCUUUUUCUUUUUUUUUUCUUUUUUUUUGCCUUGCGGUUGCUAUGUCUUAGGGUUCUUUUUUCAUGAGUAUAAAUUAAAACACUACUAUCAUAGUGAAUAGUAGGCUCUUAAAUGUCUUUGAUGUUCUGCUGCAGCUUUUUAAUUUCAAUCUGUCAGAGAUAUCUUAGUUUAAUUUGACACUAAAUGUGAUGCAAAAAGUGGAAAUUCCUUGUCUUCCAAAAAAAAAGCAUACUUGUUAUCCCACCUUGGAUCGAGUAUUAGGAACAACCCCAUCUUUGGAAGUUUUAGUUUGGUACCCAGUUUGCACAUGCUAUGGUAUAUCUGUUACCGUAAGGUUGUGUUUGAAACAGAAGCCCAACGUCUGUUCAGCGUUGAGAGAAGUGAAUUGUAUGUUAGCUAUUUGGUCCAGAGUGAAGGACCAGCGUCAGGCUUGUGAUAUGAAGUGUAAAUCUGUUUUAAUUUGUUUUUUUACGUUUGUUUUUUUUUUUGUUGUUUUUUUUUUGUUUUGUUUUUUUUUUUAAAGAUCAGUUAGUGAUCUUAGUACUAUAACUAAGCCAAGUUUGUAAUUGUAUAUUUACUGUAAAAUGUAGAACAUUGAAUAACUAUUAAAAUUUUCCUAUAAAAGGAA